ACAUGGUAGGGUGAAGAGAAGAAAAGAAAAGGCUGCGAAUUUAAAAACGUUUUCUCUGUUUGAGUAUAUCCACUGAAAAGAGCGCAGCCAGGAGAGAGAACAAAACCCUUUCAAAGGUUUUGAAGAUAACAACAAUGAAUACUUGUUCUUAGACCCAACGGAACAACGUUGUUGUAGUAACAAGUAACCACAAAUGCUUCCGCUUAGAAGAAGAAGAACAAGUAGUAACGAAUAAUAAUAAUAAUGCAGAAACUUCUUCAGCGUCCAACUUGUUCACUCCCAAUCCCUAUUCUAUCUUCUUCUUCUUCUUCUUCUUCUUCUUCUUCCUCCAACCCUCUCUUUCUCCAUCUCCCAACAACAAUGUCUACAGCAGCAGCAACAACAACGCCGUCAUCCAUUAGAAUUUCAUUCCCAAACAACAAUAACACUCUCCUUCUCAAACAUUCUUCUCCUCGUUACUCCUAUCUCCGUACAUCUUUCUCUCCCACUCUAACCCUAACCCCCACCAAAACCCUUCCAUGGCUUCUUCUUAACCGCUCUCUAUAUUCAAAUUCCUCUCUACAUCAUUCAUCCUCUGAACAACAACACCAGGAUACAACUUCUUCUUCUUCAUCAUCUACCGCCGACGUCAGACUAAAUAGGAGGCAAAAGGUUUCUUCUUCUUCUUCUCCAUCGUCAAAUCCUGAUUUGUUGGCUAUUCCCGGUGUGGGUCCCAGAAAUUUCAGAAAACUAGUUCAAAAAGGCAUCCAAGGUGUUGCUCAGCUCAAACAACUCUACAAAGAUAAGUUCUUUGGGAAAUCUAGUGACCAGAUGGUGGAGUAUCUACAGAGUUCUGUUGGAAUUAUCCACAAGAACCAUGCUGAGAGUAUAACUACUUUCAUUAAAAAGAGUGUUGAUGAAGAAAUUGAUGAUAAUUCCUCUGGGAAGCAGUCUUCGCAGAAGAAGCGACUUACGUUCUGUGUCGAGGGUAAUAUCAGUGUUGGUAAGACUACUUUUCUUCAGAGAAUAGCCAAUGAAACUAUUGAACUGAGGGAUCUCGUCGAGGUGGUUCCUGAACCCAUUGGUAAGUGGCAAGAUAUUGGACCCGACCACUUCAAUAUCCUAGAUGCUUUUUAUGCUGAGCCAGAGAGGUAUGCAUACACCUUUCAGAACUACGUUUUUGUUACUAGGGUGAUGCAAGAGAGAGAGUCUUCUGCUGGAAUCAAGCCUCUUCGAUUGAUGGAGAGGAGUGUUUUCAGUGACAGGAUGGUUUUUGUACGAGCAGUUCAUGAAGCCAAGUGGAUGAAUGAGAUGGAGAUCAGUAUUUAUGAUUCUUGGUUUGAUCCUGUUGUGUCUACCUUGCCCGGCCUCAUUCCUGAUGGUUUUAUCUAUCUCAGAGCAAGUCCUGAUACUUGCCAUCAAAGAAUGAAAUCAAGGAAGAGAGAAGAAGAAGGCGGAGUCAGCCUAGAGUAUCUGCGCGACCUCCACGAAAAGCAUGAGAGCUGGUUAUUCCCCUCCCAAAGUGGUAAUCAUGGAGUGUUAUCUAUCAAUAAGCUGCCCCGUCAUGUCGACAACUCCUUACACCCUGAUAUAAGAGACCGUGUAUUUUAUCUAGAGGGUGACCACAUGCAUUCCAGCAUUCAGAAGGUUCCUGCAUUGAUUCUGGACUGUGAACCCAAUAUUGAUUUCACCAAGGAUAUUGAAGCCAAGAGGGAAUAUGCACGCCAAGUUGCAGAGUUUUUUGAAUUUGUCAAGAAACAGCAAGUUCUAUCUGAGGAAGCUGUUGCAGGUGGUAAAAAUAACCAGGGCCAUCCACAAGUGCUGCUGCCUCAUGAAGGUGACUUGUGGCUACCAGGUGGAAAGCCUUUCCCCCGAACAGCCUUGGAUUUCAGACGGGCAAUGUCAAUUAUGUCUGGUAGUGGCUGAUAACGAAAUGAUUGGGAUCAAGAUAAUACUAAUAGUCAUUAGUUUAUGUGUUAAUGUUUUUUUUUGCAUGUAAAAAGAUUGGAACUAGGACUUUGACUGAUGUAAAGUUGGUAGUUAUUUAUGGUUUUCAAACCCUUUGGUAGUUGCUACUAAUCUACUAGACUACUUGGUUUAUUA